AUGUUUGGAAGUACACAGUCUGCGAAGCCUUCAACAGGUCUUUUCGGCGCAACCACAACCACUUCUGCUCCUCAAGCUGGUGGAUUAUUUGGUUCAACAACUUCAGCGGCUCCUGCAACCAGUAGUUUAUUUGGUUCGACUCCUGCAGCUGCGACUUCUGCGCCAGCAAGUGGAGGACUAUUUGGAUCUGCCCCCGCUCAACCUGCGACUAGUGGAUUGUUCGGAAAUACGAAUACUUCUCAACCGGCUUCAACUGGUGGUGGAUUAUUUGGUUCAACGACUACCGCGACAACAGCUCCUGCAGCAGGUGGAUUGUUCGGAUCUGCGGCCACUAGCAAUAACCAGACACAGGGAGCUACAGGUGGCGGAUUGUUUGGUGGUGGACUCGGGGGAACACAAGCAAAUAAUCAAACAGCUGGCGCAAGUACAGGUGGUGGACUUUUUGGUAGUACUGCUACGUCACAACCGGCACAGAAUGGGGGUGGAUUAUUUGGAAAUUUAAAUCAAGCAAAACCUGCAGCAUCUGGAGGUCUCUUUGGAGCAAGUCAACAAACCCAACCGCAAUCACAGCAAACCUCCUCCCUUUUCGGCGCACCAGCUCAAAAUCAACAACAAGGCCAAACAACCAAUAACAUGUUGGGUGGUAGUCGUCUUUUGGGUCAAGCCCAACAACCACAACUUGUUCCAGGUGUCCAAAUUGAUCUUAGUCAAAUGCGCGGAACCACAAGAUUCAAUGAUCUUAAUGAGACGGUACAAAAACAAAUCGAACAUUUUGAUAAAGUGAUUCAAGCGCAAAUCGGUAUGAAAAACGACUGCGAAGCCAUUAUGCCCCAGCAUGGCAAGCUUCUAGAGCACGUUCCCAACGACGUCGAAUUUUGCCGAAGGAAAUUACUCGGCAUGGAGGAAGCCAUGGAACGCGACGCCGCAGAAAUUGAUCAAGUCCGUCAAUUAGUCAAAAAGGAUGCCGACAAUGCAACUCUAAGUUUCCGCGCAAUUGACAAUCUAAAAUUACCCGCACCAUAUCAAACCCCCGGCAUCUGGGCCACAAAAUCUACGAAUAAUCCCAGCAGUGCAGCCAAUGACGCUGAUGCUCAGGAUUUGGUAUCAUAUUUUUCCUCUACGGCUGAUGAAUUAGAUGCUACACUCAAGAAAUACCACAGCAACUUCUCGGAGAUUGAGGCACAUCUAAGGAGUUUAGAACAAAGUACAGCGCAACAAACACAGGCUUUACUUGCGCGAAGAAAUGGAAGAGCUUAUCAGCAGGAAAAUCCGGUCCAGGAGUUAGGAUUGGCACUUGUUGAGUUUGAGCAAAGCAUUUUACAGGUGGCAGGGAAGAUUGGCGCAAGUAGGGAACGCAUUCAAGCGUUACAGCUGGGGAGUUUUACGGGACCUGGGGAUAGAGAUAGGAGGAAUGAAGCGCCAACAGGGUUUGGGGGAAGUGUGAGGGGGAGAGGCGGCGUUUAUUGA